ACUUUUUUCCGCAUCAAGUUCGUGGCUGAAAGUUUCUUUCCUCAUUUUUUUUUUUUUUUGUUGCAAAGGAACCGUCGCCUGCACGCACAAUGAGAGAGAAAGCCACGCGCCUUAUAGCACGCAGCUUCUCCUCUCACGUCCAGUUUCUUUUAGCUCCUCGCCGACGUCGUUUUUGAGUUAACGUUACUUUAGAUGUUUCUCAGCACAUUUCCGUUAUGCGAAGUCCAACUUGUUGGUUUGUCGUCGUGCUGCGGUGGGUGCCCAUCCGAGAUAACGGAGAACCAGUGAUUCUCAGCCGGUCUGGUUACUGCAAUGAAUGGUAACACUAUACAUCCAACCAACACCACCACAACUGCAGGAGGAGGCCCAGGCGUGGAAGCGCCCCCGAGAGGCUGGAGGGAAUUCUGCGAGCUGCAUGCCAUCGCCACAGCCCGGCAGCUGGCCGGACACUACCAGAGCUUCGCCAGAGAGCGGCCACAACAUGACGUGCUCCCACCAGAGACCUUUUCCAAGCAGUUCACUGACCUCUUCCAGCAGCACUUCUGCUGUGAGGUCGACAAAGAUGGCACGCCCCUCGGCCAGAACACGUGCUCUACCGGUAUCGGUAGUGCUUCCUCCACCACUCCAGUUGCCCCUCUCCUUCCAUCACAGGCUGUGAUUGGUCGAAUGCGUUCGAUCACAUCUUUGUCUGGGGUACAGGACUAUCGGGAAGCGGGCCGGCCAAGUGGAGGAGCUGCUCGUUUUAAUGUGGUGUCACCAAAAGUUGAGCCUGUUGUGGUGAGUCGGGAACAGGAGCAGCCACUGCGAUGUGCGGCGGGAAACUCCUUAUCAGGAAACCCGUUGGUGCACAGAGGGUCGACUCGUAGUAUCGGCAGCGGGUCACAGCUGAUUCGUAGCAGUAGCAAUGAGGAGGUCUCUGGCACUGAUCGUCGUCAGGUAUCUGAACGGUACUCUUCGGACUCCCCAAAUUCCAACCCUGGCCACGCUGAAGUCACACAUUUUUCUCUCAGUCAAAUCCAGCAGACCAUAAGCCGGCUUCUCAAGAAGCGGCCCCUCAGCCCUCCCACAUCCCAGGACCUGUCUCCUAGCAACCCCAACCCCACCAACAGCAACAGUCCCCAAAAUAAUAGUGACAGAAUGGGUGGGAUUUCCUCCACCAAUGAGGAAGUGUCUUCCUCCUCCUCAUCCUCCCACUCUUCCUCUUGUCUGAACUCUGAAGCCACGCCCCCAGCCUCUUCUUUUGCUGGGGUAGCCUCUCACUUUCUGGAUCAUUUCCGUUUGCUACGCAGCAGAAGCAUGAGGCAGAGAAGGUCAGAGGUGAGCGGCUGCUGUAAAGAGGGCCAACUGAGGUACUUGCAGGUGGAUGACACUAUCUCAGACUCUCAGCCCCGCUGGCAACGCUGCCGCCUGCUGGUCAGGAGGAUCAGGGACGCUCAAGGUGGAGGAGGAGGAAGAGGAGGAGGAGGAGGAAGAGGAGGGGAGAGGUACCAGUUGGAGCUCUAUGAUCCUCCAAAGGCCUCCAGUCCCAAGCUGACGACUCACUGCUCAGAUAUCCAAGAAGUCCGUCGUUGCAACCGACUGGAGAUGCCUGACAACUUAAACACAUUUGUUUUAAAGGUUAAUCGAGGUAGUCUGAUAUUUGAGACGGACAACGACCAGCAGGUCAGCUCCUGGACCACAGAGCUAAAAGAAUGUAUCAACAACAGGUCUGGCAGUGUGGAUCUGGAGCCGCUCCCACCCCCAACUGACAGCUCGGCCCCAACCAAUCACAGAGGGAGCUCAGAGUUAGGAAGUCAAAGCCCCGUCACCUUUGCCCUGCCGGAGCAGGUAGUCCAGAAGGCUGAUCAAUUCCUGAUCUCCUACCCCUGGUUCCACGGCCCCAUCUCCCGCGUCAAGGCAGCAUACCUGGUUCAGAGCUCAGGACCGGAGGGACACGGAGUGUUUCUGGUCCGACAGAGCGAGACCCGCAGAGGAGACUACGUCCUCACUUUCAACUACCAGGGAAAAGCAAAGCACCUGCGCCUCUCUCUAACAGAAUGGGGUCAGUGCAGGGUACAGCACCUGCGCUUCCCCUCUGUUAUGGACAUGCUCAGUCACUUCCGCCUCUUCCCCAUCCCACUGGAGUGCGGAGCCGCCGGUGCCGUCACACUGUCCAGCUUCGUAGUGGCGAGCUCCAGCCCUCCAUCACAGGGCGCUCUUCUUGUCCCUUUCUCCCGCCAUCGGUGGAGCUCCGAGCCCAGCUUGGCUCACUACAGCUUGGCUCGCAGCUCCAGUCAUCCCCCUUCCUCCUGCUCCACCACCAGCACCAGCGCCAGUCCCAGCUCUGUUUCCCAGCCGGGGAACCCCCCAUUCACUCGCACCAACCCUGUCCCAGACCCUCCUUCGUCAACCCCCACUCCUCUGGGUCGGAGUGAAUCGGUAGGGAGGAGACCCCUGCACCGCCCCCACAUCCCUCAGCGGGACUCAGACUACGAGCUGGAGCCUGAGCGAGGUCGCAAGCGGGCGAUAGACAACCAGUACAUGUUGCUCUGACCCGUUUAGUCAGACAACUCCAUCACUUCUGACAGAUAGUAGUCACACAUGAUCGUGCACACAUCAUAAGACACAUUUUGUUACCGCUAGCCCCCCCACCCAGCUUCAUGUGGGUGUGUGAGACUCUCAGAGCGCAUGAUGCUAUUAGGAUUAUAGCAGACUCAUGAACUUGAGCGAACAAUUGACGUGCAGCAGUGUGUAUAUCUAAACAUACACACACACACUCACUAUGUCUGCGCUGGGAGUGUGUUUACCAGCAUCAGACCCUCACAACCUCCACCCUGAGUGUCCACAGUGAAUGUAUUUUUGGGAGUUUUAUAACAGUGUUGACCGUGAUGAUUAUUCUCGUUUUAUUGAUGUUGAGGUUCUGUGUGAGAGAGGGAGAGCCAGAUGUAUAGCUGUCCUCGAGCCCAAGCAAAAAAUAUCUUUCAAUGUUUCUAUUAUUGUGAAUUCAUUGAGGUGCGCUUGAUUUAACUUCUUUGGCACCUAACCUGAUCCGAUGGGAAGGCACUGCCUGUGAAAUAGUUUAAUUCAAGUGCUCCUUAAAAAUAUUUAAAAGACAUUUAAUCUUCACACACAAGACUUUGUGUGGAGCACACUCCCACCUUUUUAUACACAAACGAAAAAGCACUCUAUUUCAGAGUGUCUGUACACUCUAUUAGAUAUUCCUUGUGCAUUAUUAUAUAUUUGAGUGCACAAUGCUUUCAGUGCACUUUGGAAACAAUGUGUAUUUUUUAUAUACACAGAUUCUUUUGUAGAAAAAUUACAAAAAUUUAAUUAAAAAGGGGAAAAAGUGGUUAAAGUCAGUUGGGAAGCUGUAACCGGUCUGCUUCCACCCUCCUUCAAAACCUUUGCUGAAGCAAAUACAGAGAGCCAAAGAAAUUAUUCCAGAUCAGCUUUCUUCAUCAGCACUGUUUUUACCAACAGUAGUGGGAACUUGUCGCUGUUUGUGGUGUGUGUGUGUGUGUGUGUGUGUGUGUGUGUGUGUGUGUGUGUGUGUGUGUGUGUGUGUGUGUGUGUGUGUGUGUGUGUGUGUGUGUGUGUUUUUGUCACGGUGUAUGUGAGAUGAUUGAAAGUUUAGUCCAUCAGCAUGAAUGUGCCGAUUUGAGCACAGAAGUCAUUUCUACUAUAAAAACCAAGAAAGUGCAAAAUACAAUAAUAUAAUUUAUAUAUAUUUGUCGUCCUGCAACCCUCAGCAAUGCGUGCAACAAACAAUACAAAGUCACGUUUCCCGGAUACAUGUUUCAAGUCACAAAAAGUAUUUUGUGCCACUAAAUUAAUUUCUAAAAAAGUGCACUUCUGCCCUGUUUUAUAUAUAUAUUUAUUUAUUUACAGGUGUGACAUUAAUUAUACUAUAAUAAUGCCACUCCAUUUUUUAUUGGUGUAUUGGCAUAAAAAAAAUAUUCUGUCACCAAAAUGAGACUUGGUGAAUUUUGUACACAUAAAGUAGAAAUAGGUGCCCGUAGAAAACAUACAAAAGACUUGACUCCAAAGAGUGUAAGAGGAGAAAACAAUGCACGUUCAGACCAAAACAAAGUAGUCAUUGAAUCCAAGCAGUCACAUAUUUGACAACAGUGAGGGUCAGAGAGCUGGAAACUUCAAUCCAACUUUAAAACAUUUGACACCUUUUUUCAAGUUAGUUUUGUCGUGGUUUGAUAAUCUAACAAUAAACCCGUGAAGGGCUUUUAAAGGUAGACGGUGAUAUGAUGUAACUCCUGAAAGACUGAAGUGCCUCUGUAGAUAUUAACAUUUAUUUUUUUACAGUUUUAUCAUCACUCUGGGAACAGCAUCAUUUCUUCGACGUUUCACACUCAUAGCAUUAAAUAUGUUUCGUAGUAUUUUCUGUUCACCACAGCAGCCAAUUGAAGAACCGAGGAGGGACUGUGAAAAUAAUGUAUUUUUACACUAUACAUCAUUUUUAAUAGAACUUCCGCGUUUUAAAUGAGAGUCUCUGUGAGAAAGGUUUGGCGUCUCAGCUUCAUUGUCAAGAGCUGACGUACUACAUCUUUAUUUAGGAAUACAUCCAAAAAAGUAAGCCUUGACCAAAGCAAGCAUUUUUAUCCAAUAACCAGUUUAUUUUAUCUCAUCCACCACCAGUACGUUUCCUCAAAAGCAUCUUAAAGAGCUCAUUUCUAACCCACAACGAUCCAAACUUCAUGGUGUUUCUGUCUUCAGAUCAGCCGGUGGCCAAACCAGAUUCAUUUUCAGUCACGUUCUGAAUCGUGAAACUCGUCUCUCCUUACAGAAUAGCUCCUAAAUAGAUAGUUCACCUAAAAGCAGUAGUUUUGACACACCAAAGCUGAAAUGUCCAGUUUUCUGUAAUUUUGUUUCAAUAACUGAAGCUUCACUUCCAUUAGCUGCGGGAUGCCUUUGGGAAAUUAUGUGCUAGGACUUUGUCUGUUUUGUCUUCUAACCUUGCUUUAACACUAACUUUAGCAGUUGAUUAAGAUUUUCCUUCAGUAAAAGUCUGCUUAACGUAUGGUUUAGACCCAAUUCUGUCUGUCUGUCUGUCUGUCUGUCUGUCUGCCCUCUUUAUCGUUGUAGUUUCCUGUUGAUUUUUAAGAGAAACGCAUAAACGCAGCUUCAUUUCCUCAUAAACAUGACCAGAGUAAGUCCGCUGUGAUUACUCCUCUCGUUACGCAAUAAGUCAGCUUUGUUUACCAAAGGAGCAUUUUUUACAAUGGUUGUGUAGUUAAUGUAUCAUCAUGAUCAAGACUGACAUCUUUCAAGUAUUUAAAAGGGGAACAAAAACAAGGAUGUUUUUGGCAAAAGUACGGUUGGUCUUCCUGCCCUUUUAUGUGCCCGAGUCUAAACAAAUCACUCGCCACCUCUGUGUUUCAUUCCUGCUAAAGAAAAGCAACGGUAACAAUAACUAUUUUGACUAUCAGUCCCCUCUCUUUGCUGACUUAUUGUUUAUUUUUUUGUGUUAGGGAGAAUGACUGUGCCUUUGCCAGAAAGCUGCUGUUGCUUUUCCCCUUUUUUUUCUCGAAAGCUCAGGGUGUGAUGUGGUGCAGAACUUGUGUAGUGCAAUAUCUGAGAGAUGCUCAGUGCUUCACACCUUUUUUUUUUAUGUAUGUAGGGGGCGAUCAGAGGCUUCUGGAUGGAUAGAUUAAGUGAGUGAGAAUUCAGUGUUUGCACCUGCUCAUAGACUGAAGGAAAAAAGUAUUUAACAAAUGCAAAAUUUCCCAGAAUAAAUGCUAUAUUUAAAACCAGGGCUACCACUUUUUCCUGUCGCUUCAUGGCUUCUUAUUUUUGUUUCAUGGUUCACUCGAAUUUGUCCGCAAGAAUCGAGAGCUUUAGAACAUCCCCAUGUACCUCAGGUGUCUUCAAUCCUCAACAUCCACUCCAGCAACACCUUUAGUCUGUGUUUAUUUUAAAAUGUCCAGUUGCUGAAUGUAUUAUGUUCUCAAUACUGUUCAUUCUGUUUGUUAACUUAGCACUGUAAACAUUCCAGUUCAACCAAACAUCCCCUCAAAAGCUUUUAAGAAUCUGUCAUUGUGUUUGCAUCCCUUUGAGUAAUAAGCAUCUAAAUUAUAUUAAAUAUAUAUCAACUGUAUAUUUGACUUUUUGUAAAAUAAACCUAACCAAAAAAAAGAA